GAAAAAAAAAAUGCGGAUCUUCUGCUCCUUCAGUCCGUCACUGUUCCGCUGCUGGAAAAACUUUGCAUCAAAAGAACUUCGGGCAUCGGGCCAAAGUCCAGUCUUGUCCAGUCUUCAAAUUCAGUUUGAAGACUGGAUUUAGGAUCCAUGAACAAGUCGUAGACUCUGCAAGGUAACUGUGCUUCAAGUUUACAAUCAAUGUUUUGUUGUUUUUUAAAUGGCAGGAAGUUUGGAUGACUUUGAGGCCUGAUUGCAGCUUUUUGAGGACGGACAGUCACACAAGGGAGCCCUGAGAUGGAGGAAGCGUACGGUGAACUUUACCAGCAGUUUCUUCGCCUCAGGUCAUUGUGCCUCAGACAGGCAGCUCUGCUUCACCAGCUGACAACAGCCCUGCAGAAACAACAAGGGGUCUCUGUUCCAGAAGUAGAAGUGAGCGAUCUGAUUUCUAUCCCGGUCCAGUGUUCCCAUGAGGUCCCUGCGUUUCUGUACGAAAAGCCUCAACCACUGACAUCUGCAGGACCAGACCCCACGCCGCCACACGGGGCUGAGCACGCUUCCAGAAAUGUUGGCUGUGCUGCUGGUGUCCUUGCUGAAGGAAUGUCGAAGCUCAGCGUGAACAUGCCUUGUCAGAGGAAGCAGGACGUGAAGACGGAGAUGCUGAACCCGUUCAUGUUCAAUACGGAGUUCUCGAAAUACCACGCAGAUCCUCCCAGUAGGUCAAAGCCUUCAGAACAAAAUGGCCCUGGUGAACGCAGAGCUCCAUGCACAGCAAUGAUGCCGAUGACUGAUGGAGGCCUCCUGAACCUGUCUGGAGGAGCCAUGAUGUCUGACGUGGCCAUGCACUCGCAUGUUUGUGACUUCUGCCAAGCAGUUUUUCCCGGAGACUCGACCACACGAGGAGAGUUCCUGCGUCACCUUCACACCCAUGUCACAUAGACCAAAGACAAACACUACAGUCGAAACGUAUUUCCCCUCUGCAGAUCUCUUCAUUUCUACUGUUUUUUGUUUUUUUUCAGGUCAGUAAAUUAGCUUUAAUGUAAGAGAAAGCAACCCUGAGCAAAAAUACAAAAAGCAAUUUUUCUUAAUGUGACCUAUUAUGCUUCCUCGAACAGGUUAUAUUAGAUCUAUUGUUGAUACAAAACAUGUUCAAUACAUUUUUUUUGCACAAAAUCAUUCUUUGAUAAUGAGAUUUUAGUCUGCUCAGUUCGGACUAUUUAGAGCUAUUUCAGAAAGAGCUGUUUUAGGGCGUCUUGUUACUUUAAAUAAGCUACUGCUGACCUCAACUCAACGUCUACACUCGCACGUAAAAAUGGCUGCAAACAGACGUGCAAUUGCACAACCGUACAUCUUUGAAAAGCAGAAGUAGAGCCUCCUGCACAACCAACAACAAUGCAGCAAGUCGUUCCUAAAUUUGAACAACAAAACACUUGUCUUUUCCAGCAGCCAUUGUAGAUAUUGCAGUAAAACCAGCUGACCAGAUGUGCUGGAGCUCAGCUAGGGGUUGCUAGGUGAGCAACUCCUAGCAGGGGGGCUUGACCCCUAGCAAUCCCUCACCUGGGGUUGCUAGGUGAGGGAUGGUGUCCACUGAUUUGUGACAUUACAUUCUGAAGAAAAAAACAAUUUGGAAGCUGCAUUGUGUGUUUAGUCAGGUCAUGCUUCAUAAAAGUUGUUACAAAAAAGUGGAAUGAUCUGAAAGGGGGCAAAUACUUGUUCAAGUUACUGCAAUUCUUCUCUCACUGACAUUAGACUUAUAAUGUGAUGGUGCAGGUACACCUCUGGUCACACAAUCUCUGGGCAGUUUGCCAUUAGCUGUAGUGUGAAAUGAAUUGGAACUGGUUGUUAAGCAUUAGCUGUGUGAGAGUCUUUUGAAGUGUUUUACUCAGGGUUUUAUUUGUCCUUUGCUUGUGGGUGUAAAUAAAUUUUCAAUGGAACAAA